AUGCGCACCGCCAUCAGCGCCUUCGCCUUCGUCUUGAGCGUGACGGCUCCUGCUGUACAAGCAAUUACCGCUCAGUGCUAUAAUGGCAUUCAUGCGGUUGCCGCUGAUCAAGCGUUCGUUCAACCUCUGGCCGAUGCGUGCUUGAACAGCCUGCCGAGCGACGACAAGAGCGGCCUCUGGAGCUCGAAGCUCUGCGUCGCAGCCGGCGUCGCCGCAGGCAUCGAGCAGCUCAACGACUACGCGUACUGCUUCACGAACGCCACCGUGCCCUCCCCGGCGCAGUUCGGGAGCCUCGACUACGGCGUGUACGCCGCGAUCGUCGGGGGGUGCGCGUAUGCGCCGGACGGGUGUCCCGUGAGCGAGCAGAACUUUGUCGACCUUGUGUAUGGGGCGAUUAGUGGGGCCGGGCUGGCGACGUAUCCUCCGGACAGCGGGUACUUUGUGCAGCACUACCUCGCGCCGAUCUUUGCGUGGACGAACUUUAGCGCGGAAGAGGGCGUUCCGUACCUUAACUUCAACGACUGGCUGCACUACUCUGGCUACACGAGCCACGCGUGA